AUGAGUGGUUCAGGUGACAACAAAUGGCGCGGGCCAGGUCGCCAAUCGUCGCAACGGCACGCGGGCAAUGGAAACCGUGAUCGUACAGGUGGACAGGGUGGUGCACAAGGUGGAAAUGCAUCAUGGACUGGCCCUAGUCAAGCACAGGAGCAGCAUGUCCCUGUUCGGGGCUUCAAUGCUGCCGAGGCCAAAAACGUUCUGAGAAGAGCAAACACAAUGGCAAACGGGAAAGACUUCUUCGUCGAAUUACGAAAGCAAGUCGCAGCCCUGCAAAAAGGCGGUCCUCCUGUCGGUGGUUGA